GAAAAAUCAAAUGCAUUGAACAAGUUGUUUUGAGCAAAUCAUAGGUAAUCCUCAACUCUUCUUCGAAUAUUUGGACAAAAAACAGGCCCAUUUUCAAAAGUGAGGAGUUCAAGAUAAGAAGGGUGUUGGUUGAAGGGACAAGAAAAGCGACGAUGGCUUUUCAACUGAAGCACCACCACACAUCCACCACCACCACCACCUCAAACCACCGCAAACACCUCCAUCCAACGUUCACCGCUUCCCCUCAGCCGCGCUUAAGAGUGCAUGCUGUUCUUGGCGGCAGAGCUCAGGAGCUGAUACAAUCGGGUGCCGUCACCCCCAUACUACCAAAAGAUGCAGCCUCAGCAAUGGAGUCCCAAGGAUACACAUUGCUGGACAUCAGGCCAGAGUGGGAGAGAGAGAAGGCACGUGUUUCAGGGUCACUUCACGUGCCGUUGUUCGUCGAGGACAAAGAUACUAGCCCCAUCACAUUGUUGAAGAAGUGGGUUCAUUUUGGUUAUAUUGGGCUGUGGACUGGACAAUAUUUUACGAUGAUAAAUCCUCGUUUUCUGCAACAAGUGGAUGAAAUGGUUCCUGAUAAAGAUUCUAAGCUGCUCGUCGCUUGUGGAGAGGGACUAAGGUCAACUAUGGCUGUUGCAAAAUUACAUCAAGGGGGAUACAAGAACUUGGGAUGGUUGGCCGGAGGGUUCAAUCGAGCAGCUGAUGAUGAUUUCCCAAGAGUUGAAGGUAGUGAGAAGUUGCAGUAUGCCACGAUUGGAGGCGCAUCGUAUUACUUCCUCAAGUUGCUUAUUAUAUUACAAGCUGUGGGGAAGGAAACGUGAUUGCAUGCCAGCAACUUUCGUUAAAGGACUUGAGCUCCUAAUGCAUUUGAGCUAUUUCAGUUUUGAUUAGUUUAGAUGGAUCUAGUUGCAGUUGUUUGCCUACAUUACUUGAAAUAUUAUUCAAAUUGCAUAAUAAACAAGGGAUUGCCAGUUCAUCCAGAA